GAAUGGAACGGAAUGGUGGCAGCAGGCCAGUCACAAUCCAGACACGAAGGUGGCUAGUUCACGUUUUACUAGACGCCUCUCGAUAUCCGUUGAACACAGUGAAGUAGCUAGUACCCAGUGAACGUUUCUUCGUUGCUGAUAAUAGGUGGUAAUUAUGUGAUAAAAAUGACUCUGUCCGCAUGGUUGAAAACGUAGCGUUGAAAUGUGUAGAAAAAGUAUUGAAAAUCGUACGAGCGUAAUGCCGAAAGAGAUCGUACCCCGUUUCUCGACGGUAUUCGUCGCUCUGGAGAUGAUCGAACCGAGAGUAUCGUACCGCAGCAGCGUGCUCCUGAUCCUCUUGAAGAACUAGACCGAAGUGUAAAUCAUAUAUUCGGAUUAGAAGAAUAGUCGGAAGAUGGGGGAAGCAAACGACCCAACUCGGGUCCACUGUUACACGAAUCCGUCGUUCUGUCGUCAGUCGGAGUUCAUACCUGACGACCUGCCACCACCACUCCAGUUCCAAGGUGACGAGCUGCCCCCGCCUCCACCAGCACUGCUUCCGGAAGAAACGCAUUGCGGACAAAGUAACCCAGGUUUUCACCAGCCGAUUGGCGACGGAGGUGAACGGUACGUUUACCUGCAGGAACGCGAUGUCGGGCAACCUCUGAAUCGCCACCCUGCAAACCCCCAGCAGCAUAGAAGGUACGCCAGUCUUCCCGUCGACGAGACGCCGCAUCAGCAAUUCGGCCAGAAUCGAGUAUCCUCGAAGUACGACUUCAUCCCCGACGAACAGCUUCAGCGUCACGGGUCAGCCAGGUACGCUUAUUCACCUGGCCAGCUACAAAACUCAGGAACCUUCGUCUCCCCCCGUUCCGGACCGGUGACCAACCACGACGAACGGCGGGUCGUUCAGGUUCAUAAUCACACCGGAAACGCGGGACGUUACGCUGAGAUACCAGGCGAACAGACGUUUUCAAAGUCCCAGCCACAGGAAAGGGAUAACAAUGCGUGGGCGAACGGUGGCAAGGUUUAUUCGCGAGGAAGGUACGCAAGGGUUCCGUUGCAGGAUGAUGACCCCCCGGCACUUCCCGAAAGAAACGGGGGAUCCUCGAUAUCGCCCCGCAACAAUCCGGCCACUCAGAAACUCCACGAGAUACUGACUACCCCGAGAAAAGUAAGAUCGCGUUCCGAGGAACGAACUCUGUCACCGAAAAGGAGUCAUCAGCCCCAAAACACCUCCGGCACUCCUCAUAGACGGGCACUCACACCGGGAAGCUCACCCUCGGCAGGCCGCACUUUGAGUCCAGGAACGCGAGGAACGCCGCAGGGAACGCCACAGAGUCGAACAUUUUCGCCAACCAGACCACAGACCUCGACGCCAAACAAGGAGCCAUCGGCACGUCGCUGUCUACCAUUGACAGAGGUCGGAGCGAUCCGACUUCCGCAAGAUAUUUGCCCAGCCAGCAACUGCGGAAGACUCCGUUACGUCGAGACGGCUCCGGUCGACCUGACCGAGCUGGUAAGAUGCGAGCCACCGCCAAGGUACGCGUACCUCGAGUCCGGCCCAGAAUCGGUACCGAUGAUCUGCAGUUCACCGAGGUAUCAAGUCGUCCCUGCGGUAUCGGAAAGCCAGAAAAGAAGCGGGUACCAAAGCGUCGAAAGUGCCUUCGUUGCAAGAACCGCUGUGGUUCCUCCACUGUCGCCGCCAAAUAGUGAAGCUAACACAACGCUGGCAAGUGGAGUUGACAAGCACGAGAGGAGAAACGCUCCUCUUCUCUUGAUCCUGGUUGGAAUACUGACUUGUGGAUUAUCUCUCUACCUUUCCUGGACUCAGGGACGAAGAUACUACUUCGACAGCGCAGCCGGAUGCGGGGCUUGUUGCGCGUUAGCCGGUGCCUGCAGAAGUCUCAAGCGAACCUGGACCGGUCUUGGACUCGCGGCAUUGUCAGCGCUGAGUUGCGCGGGUCUUUUAUUGAUGGCCGUUAAGGCACCCCGAUGGGGAACACCUCUGCACGAUGUGACGGCCGGCGCGUUAUGCGGAGUUUCUGUGCUCGGUGCGACAUUGGCUCUUCUCGCCCUCGUCGCACCGAGAUGCGAUUUGGCGCGACACAGACGCGUCCAUUCCUGGAUACCAAAUUUUUCACCCUGAAUCUAUCUACCAUUGUUCACGAUUCGAUUCUCGCACGAAAAUUAUCAUAUAUUAUAUUAGGAUUAAGAAUAUCAACGUGUCUAUUGUAUAAUAUGUUUUAUCCCACCCAGGAGUAUGAAUUUCUUUCGCUAGCAAUUAUUUAUGCUUUCAAGAUUAAUUAUUAUUAUUAUUAUUGACAAUGUCGUCAUACUAGGUACUAUAAAUUCCGUUACAACGAAAUUGUACAAUUUUUCACAUAUACACAAGAUAUUUUGUAAUGGAUUAUACUGUACGUAUUACAUAGGUAUAUAUUAUGCGCAUAAUGUACUUCGAAUAAAGUGUAUCA